AUGUGCGGAAUCAGCUGUAUCGUCCACCAGGGCGAGCCCUCUGGAAUUGACAGAGACAAGCUCUCCCGAGAGCUCGACGCCAGUCUUGAAGCGAUCAAGCACCGUGGCCCAGACUCGCGGGGCCAAUGGAUCAGCCCAGACAACCGGGUCGCGCUCGGCCACGUCCGCCUCGCCAUCAACGACCUCGCCCCCACCGGCGCGCAGCCCUUCUCCUCCCCCGACAGCUCCGUCCACGCCGUCGUCAACGGCGAGCUCUACGACUACGACGCCCUCCGCGCCUCCACCCGGCAGCACUCCCCCCCUUACGCCUUCGCCGGCCACAGCGACUGCGAGCUCGUCGUCGCGCUCUACCUGCAGCACGGGCUCUCCUUCCUCGCGCGCCUGCGCGGCGAGUUCUCGCUCUGCCUCUACGAUUCGCGCAGCCAGCUCUUCGUCGCCGCCCGCGACCGUUACGGCAUCAAGCCGCUGUUCUGGCGCGUCGACGACGGGCGGUGCCGGAUCGAGGUCGCGGCCGAGGCCAAGGCGUGGCUGCCGCUCGGGUGGGCGCCCGAGUGGGACGUCAAGAGCUUGAUGGAGGCCGGGUGGAACCACGACAGCCGCACGCUGUUCCGGGGCGUGCGGAAGGUGCGGCCGGGGCAUUAUCUCGUUUCUCAGGGAUUCGGUGGGGAUGUUCAGGAGAGGAUGUAUUGGGACAUUGACUAUCCGGACAAGCGUAUCCCGGACCGGAGGAGUGAGCAGGAGAUGGUGGAAGGCGUCCGCGAGCGAUUGCUUGAAGCUGUUCGGAUACGGCUUCGUGCGGACGUCCCGGUAGGGAUUUAUCUCAGUGGGGGUAUUGACUCGUCAGCGGUUGCAGGGAUGGUGACGCAUCUGGUUAAAGAAAGGGGAGAGAAGAUUGGCAAUGAGAAAGAGACGGACCGCGUGAGUUGCUUUGGCAUCGCAUUCGACGAAGACAGCGGUUACGAUGAAUCUGCAAUCGCGAAUCGCACUGCGGACUUUCUGGGCGUCAAAUUCCACAAGAAGCAUAUGGGUGAGGCCGAGCUUGCAGCCUGUUUCGAAGACGCCACUUACCACUGCGAACACCACAAUGCAGAUCUCAACUACGUGGGAAAGUUUGCACUCUCAGAAGUGCCACGCGAAGUGGGUUUCAAGGUUGUCCUGACGGGCGAAGGCUCUGAUGAGAAUUUCGCCGGCUACCCCACGUAUUUUCCCGAUUACCUUCGGGAGCCUGAUCUUGCAUGGCCAGCGAACGCUCUGCCGGACAAGAAACGUGAUGAGCUUCGCAAGGAGAUGGAGGCAUUGACGAACCAGAACUACAAGGCGAUUGGCAUGGACAGCGCCAAAACCGGCGAUUCGGUUGCGGUGCGUAUGCUCAACGGUAUCAAAACACCGCAGUAUAUGACUGCGUGGGGAUUUGAUGUUUACGCGCCGUGGACGUAUGAAGCCCACGGUGUUUGUGACCCGCGGCUUACGGUUGCGAACAACGUCGAUGGCCGAACCAGAGAGCUUAUCAUGGACAAGUGGCAUCCUCUACAUUCGGCAAUGUACGUGUGGUCCAAAGGGCAUCUCGCCAACAGCUUCUUGUCAUGCCUGGGCGACCGCACGGAAAUGGCCCACAGUGUGGAGGCGAGGACGCCGUUUCUGGACCAUCGCCUAACGGAAUAUGUGAACGGGUUGCCGCCAAGCGUCAAAGUAAGGUGGGAUGAAAAAGAGCAGAGAUUGGUGGAGAAGUGGGUGCUGCGGGAAGCCAGCAAGCCUUUCAUCACAAGCGAGCUGUAUGAAAGGAAAAAGCAUCCAUACUCGGCACCCACGCUAUUUCCGGAAAACGGCCCUCUGCACAAGCUCUUCUCGAGACUGAUGACGCGCGAGAAUGUGGAGGAGUUAGGGUUUGUCGACUGGAAUAAGACAAAGGACAUGGUCAGGGAGGCGUUCGUGGAGAAGAAUCCUUCUGCAGUGCGGGCUGCCAUCAGCAUCAGCCAGUGGAUCGUUCUCGGUCGGAGAUUCGGGGUCAGGAAGGCAGAAGCGGCUAGGUAG